AGAACCGCGACAGAACAGCAGCCAGUCCAGUACUCCGCAAUACAAGACUAUUGAGAAACAUGGGUUUAAUAAACAACCUCCUGCUGGUGUUCCUGACGAUUCAAGGUUGGUGUGUGGAGCAGAUCUUGGGGUUUAAUGUGGGAACAGCAGGAGCCAAAAUGUUCUCAGGAGCAGCAGAGGAGGAGUUCGGAUACACAGUGCAGCAGUUCAGCAACUACCAGGGCAAAUGGUUACUGGUGGGAUCUCCAUGGGCGGGGACUCAGAACAGGAAAGGAGAUGUUUAUAAAUGUGAGAUCAAAAGCCCGGGGACCACCUGUGAAAAACUCAGCCUUCAGAACUCUGUCAGUAUACCAACUGUGCCGAACAUCAACACCAAUAUGAGUCUGGGGCUGACCCUCACACGAAUAACCAAAAACAAUGGCUUUAUGGCGUGUGGUCCUCUGUGGGCUCAGAGUUGUGGAACUCAGUACUUUGUUCCAGGAGUGUGUGCAGAAGUGAGCCCUCUGUUCUCCACUCAACCUGCAUUCUCCCCUGCUCUUCAAACGUGUGGUGGUCCAAUGGACAUUGCUUUUGUUGUGGAUGGGUCUAACAGUAUAUAUCCAUGGGAACCUGUUGUAGCUUUUCUUAAGAAGGUGUUGGAGAAUCUUGAUAUUGGACCACAAAAAACACAGGUCAGCAUUGUUCAGUAUGGUUCUGAUCCCAGGUUCGAGUUCUAUCUGAAAACUCAUCAAACAAAACAGGCCAUGAUUGCAGCAGCUUCAAAAAUUUCCCAGAAGGGUGGAUUGGAGACAAAUACUUUCGGGGCCAUCAACUUCGCCAGGACAAAUGCCUUUUUAACUUCAAACGGAGGCCGCCCAGGUGCCAGUAAAGUGAUGGUGGUGGUGACAGAUGGGGAGUCUCACGAUAAUUCCCUGAGAGACAAAGUCAUUAACGAGUGCAGCAAAGAUGGUAUCACUCGCUUUGGCAUUGCUGUGCUUGGUUAUUACACAAGGAAUAAUAUUGAUACCACAAAGCUCAUUGCGGAGAUCAAGUCAAUAGCCAGCAUUCCAACAGAGAAGUAUUAUUUCAAUGUGUCUGAUGAGGUUGCUCUCUCAGAAAUCGCUGGCACUCUCGGAGAUCGAAUCUUCAACAUUGAAGGAACAGGCAAAGGUGGUGAAUUCCAAAUGGAGAUGUCUCAAGUCGGGUUCAGUGCGCACCAGACCAAAAAUCAGGAUGUGCUGAUGCUGGGUGCUGUUGGGGCAUAUGGAUGGAGUGGAACGGUUGUUCAUAAAAGUGCUCAGAAAUCAGAAAUUUUCCCCAAACAAGCUUUUGAGAGAAUCCUGGAAGACAAAAACCACAGUUCUCUACUAGGAUACUCGGUGACCACGCUAAAUGAUGGUUCCUCUGAGUUCUACGUGGCUGGUGCUCCUCGUUCCAACCACACAGGCCAGGUUGUAGUGUACACACUCAACAGCCAGAGACAACCCAACAUUAUCGACUCACAGAGGGGGGAUCAGAUUGGCUCAUACUUUGGCAGUGUGCUUUGUCCUCUGGAUGUGGAUCGUGAUGGUGUUACUGACCUUCUGCUGGUCGGAGCCCCAAUGUACAUGAGUGAUCAGAAGAAAGAGACUGGCAAAGUCUACAUCUACUCCAUUACAAAAGGUAUUUUGAGCAGCCAGGGAUUCCUGGAGGGUUCCUCUCCACUGGAGAAUGCUCGUUUUGGGAUGGCCAUUACUGCUGUUCCUGACCUCAACCUGGACGGCUUCACUGAUGUGGUAGUCGGAGCUCCACUGGAGGAGAACGACCAGGGAGCCAUUUACAUCUACAAUGGAGACCAAAAAACCAUCAGGAAGCAGAGCUCACAGAAAAUUCUUGCCUCGAAACUGGACCCUUCCUUAAAGUUCUUUGGGCGUUCUUUAGACGGUAGUGCAGAUCUGAAUGAUGACUCACUCCCAGAUGUCUCAGUGGGGGGCUAUGGGAAGGUCCUGCAGCUCUGGUCUAGGGGAGUUGCAGUUGUGACUUCCAAGGUUACAUUCACCCCAGACAGGAUCAGCAUUCUGAGUAAGCCCUGUAGCUUCAGUGGGAGAAUGGUGUUCUGUUUCACUGCUAAAGUCUGUUUCAGCGCAGCAUUCAGACCAACAAACUCAGUGGGACCAGCAGAGAUCAAAUACAACCUGACGCUGGACGCUGACCUGCAGUCGUCUCGAGUCAGUUCCAGAGGUCAGUUCAGCAACUCGGACCGAGUCAUCCAGCAGGACAUCAGUGUGUCCACGAAGGAGACGUGUGAGGAUCAUCAGGUUUACGUGCAGGAGGCUCCUGACCUGGUAAACUCCAUCGCACUUCGCGUUGACAUCAGACUGCGGCACCCAGACGCCUAUCCAGUUCUGGACGCGUUUAGUCCCACUGCGUGGGAGUUCUUUAUCCCGUUUUCUAAGGACUGCGGUUCUGAUGAAGUGUGUUACAGCGACUUGGUGUUGAGCGUAGAGAGAGAGCCAAAGGCUGGUUCAUUUCUGGUGACCCAAAAGGCCAAAAGACUUUCCUUCACUGUGACGGUGAUGAACAGAAAGGAGAACGCCUACAACACAAGAGUCUCUGCACACUACUCCAGCAACCUUUUCUACUCCUCUGUUACACCACCUACCGAUGGUACAGAGGUCAAGUGCACCUCAGCCAAAGAUACAGAAGUGCUGACAUGUCAAGUGGGCUACCCGGCCAUCAGAACUGACCAAUCGGUCACAUUUGAGAUCCAUUUUGAAUUUAAUUUGGGCCAAUUACAAAAAGACGUCCAAGUUCGCUUUGAAGCCCAAAGUGACAGUACAGAAGAAACUCCAGCUGAUAACAAGGAGACGGUGUCCAUCCCUGUCCAGUACAGCUCAGAGAUCAUUCUCAGCAGAGAUGCAAAUAUGAAUGUUUAUCUGCUGGACAAUGAGGAUGGUGUUACAACCAUGAUGAAGACAUACAGUGACAUUGGCCCAGAGUUCAAGUUCAGUCUCAAGGUGUCCGGAGGAAUUUUCCCCGUCAGUCUGGUCUAUCUCGAUGUGUCGCUGCCCAGCCGCACUAAAGCAGGAAAUCCUCUGAUCUACAUCACCUCAGUCACCACUGCACCUGCUGGUGAUGUGCAGUGUGAGACCAGCACACUGACUGACCCCUUAAAGAUCAAAGAGAAAGCAUACACAGCCACGUUUACUAAGGAGAGCUUCAGAGGAACUACUGAACUGAACUGCAAGACUGCAACCUGUGAAACGAUGAAGUGUGUGCUGAAAGAUGUGAACCCGAAGAGUGAUUACUGCGUGAAUGUGACGGCGUGGAUAUGGAACGGCACGUUUGCGAUGGCUGAUUUCCAGUCAGUGGUGCUGCCUGUGAACGCUCAGAUCGAGACAUCUCAGCCUGAUCUACUCGUCAUCACCCACAAACAAGCACAGGUUGCUGUUACUGUAAGUAAACCCGGAGCCAAAGCAGACGUCCCUGUUGGCGUUAUUGUGGGCAGCAUCAUUGGAGGAUUACUCCUACUGGCUCUUGCUGUUGCAGCACUUUGGAAGGUGGGAUUCUUUAAGAGAAAAUACCAGCAAUUGCAGAAGAAUGACGACAGCCCAGAAACAGAAGGACUGCAGGGGAGUGCAGCACAACCUUGAGACAAAAACUGAUCUUGGAGCAGUCCAAAGACUGCAGGCCAGAAAUGCCUGAGCCAAAAAUCCAAAGACCCAGAGACGCAGAUCAACACAAGCAACAUUAAUCUCACCAAUGCACACCCAUUCACCAGCAUAAAAAACAAUUUCAGAACCAGCAUGGCUUCCAAAAAGAUCUUUAGACCUGCCAUGUCCAAAAAAAAAGACAGUCCAAAAGAGCUUCACUGGGAGCAACAGGAAAGGUGUUAACAGCUUCAGCAACACAGGCCUAAAGAGCUUCACCACCAGUAAGACUGUCCUACAGAUCUUCACCAGCAACAGAACAGGCCUAAAGAGCCUUACCAGUAUGAGGAUAAACCAAAAGAGCUUCACUGGAACCAGCAGGACAGGCCUAAACAGCCUCACUACCUGCAAGACAGGCCUGAACUUCAACUUCAUGUGAAGGAAAACAGGCAUAAAGAGCUUAAUGAGCAGCACAAGCCUCAAGAGCUUCAACAAAACCAGCAAGACUAUCCUAGAGAUCUUUACUGGCAGCAAGAAAGGCCUGAAGAGCUGAUAUUAUGUGCCCUAACAGGCGUAGAACAUGGCGCAAUCUUGUGUGUGACCUGUGAAUUGGUUUGAGUGAGGCAAGCAGAGCGUUUGAAUACCACAAGGGGCAAACAAAGGAACUGUUGUGCCGACUUGGAAAAUUCACCCUUCCGCUGUUUUUUCACGCCUGCUUUAAUCAGUCUGUAGAAUCUUUCGUUUGGGGGAUUUUUCACUCAGCAUUACUAUCCUUGAAUCUGACCAGCGAUAGCACAAGAAAUAGGGAAACACAGAAAUGUUGCAGCUAAUCCAUUUCCUGCCCCUUUUCUUCUUUAUCCUUAUUUUUAAAUACUGUAAAUAUUGUUAAAUGACAGCACAAAAAAAUGCAAAUGACCAAGAGAUCUGCCAACCACUGCGUUGGCAGUUUCUUGUGUCAACAAUUUCCUAAGUCGCAUAUGGUGAAAUGCCACUAAACACAGUAAGGAGAACUUACAGGGUUUAUGGUUUAUUUACUUGAAUGGAUACUCAUUAACAUUCCAAAGUAAAUACCUUUUACAAAAUGAACAAUUUUAGAACCUUGAACCUUUAGAGCAAAUAUUUAAAUAAAUAUUUCUCAAAUUUCUACUGAAAAACCAUUUUCUACCAAUUACACUGGGGAUGCAUGGCCAGUAGCAAUUUGCACCAUUCAGAACAAAAAUGAAACUGAGAUAAAAAUCUCCCUGUAAUUGUAAAUAAACAUUCUUUUCGGUACACAUGUAAAGUGAAAGUAUUACACAGAUCUAGAGGAAUGUGGCUCUAUAGCUCCAUCUUGCAGUAAAGAACAUACUCUACUUUCCCUUGACUUUAAAGGCAAUUCCACCAAUUUAUAAAAAAUUCUGCAUAAUGCACUCAUGAAGAUUCAGAGUGGUUUGGUGUGAAAUGCUCCGUUCUACAGAAACUUGCUGAGCCAGAAUCGUUCACAGUGGUGAUACGAACCACACAUCUGUAGUGAGACAUAUUUUCCAAAAUUUUGAUAAGGUUUUGGCCUGAAACUUUUUUCUUUAUCUAUUUAUGGCAGAAAGUUCCGUGCAGGGAGUCCAUGAAGAAAGCUGUUUUAGAUUUAUCACUAUUUUACCAUCAACAUUACAUAUAAAAACUUGUGUCCACAUGUAGGUUGUCUUGGAUAGUAAAUAAAAUUGCUAUUUUUACACCACCACUGUAAAGAAAUCUGAAUUAGUAUGUUUUUCUACAAUUAACCAUUUCACAUCAAACCACUCUGAGUUCAUUGGUUUACAUCUCAACCAUUAAAAUGGAUGGAAUGCAUCUUUAACUUUUAAUCAGAGUCAAUGAUAAGCAGAGUAACAUGCUGACUUUCUCUGUCUCAGGAAAACUGCACAUUGACAUAUUAUACAUUGUAGUGCAUUAUUUAAAGACUACUAAUAGACUGUAAUUUCAAUAUGCAGACCGUAAACUAUAAUAACAACCAGAGUACUCAUAAGAUUCAUAGUGGAACCACAUUUUACCUCUUCUGGUGCUUCAAACCUAAUUUGCUUGGGACCUUUGUACAUUUCAGAUUCCUUAUACAUUAUAUUGUGCAAGCUUACUGCACGUUUCUAGAUCCAGCCUACUUUUUUAAUGUCUACGUCCAGCACUUUACCAGCUGUAAAAAAAUAGUUUCAUACUUUUUGGGGUUUUUUUGUUUUUAUUUUUGUUUUUUUUUGUCAUGUUUGGUACAGUACACUGAGAUGCAUUUGAACUGUACAGUUAUGAUUAGUUUAACUCAUUCCUGUGCAUUGAACAUACAAUCAGAGCCCUUUUUGUGUAGCAUGUAUCAGAGGAAAUGUGCAGAACAUUUACUGUAGUCAUUUUUCAUUUUUCUCUUCAGAGUAAAUUAAAUGACCUAACUAAGUAAUGUGUUGAUACAGAUUUGUUGGCCAAGGCUCCUGCACUCACAGAGUGAUGUAGCAUGUAAGGGAAAUGAUCAGGGGAGAGAAAUAGAAAUGCACAGAACUAAAUGUAAAUGUUUACAUAAAGAAUAUUUGCACUGGUACAUUGUUUGCUUUUUUCAUAGAAAUACUGCAAAUUCAAUAUUACUUUUUUGUUACUUAAGGCUUUAUUGUAAUUCAUUUAUUGAUAAUAAAAUCUUUAAAAAUGUC